AGAAUAUGAUAAUAGUACCGUUGGCUGCGCAUUUAUUUCUUUAUAUAUAUAUGUGUAUGACUCGGUAGGUAGUUUCCUGGAGCCUGGAAUUAUCGAAAGUUCUCGUCACAGAUAGCAAUAGUUCGAAGAUGCAUACAUCUCUUUCGCCUCCUUCUCAAAUCUCUGUCCCGAGGAAAUACAGUGGUGUUUGAUUAUUCUAUUGAGUAUACAGCAGCGAUUCCACAAUUCCGUCGCUAUCGGCUCGUCACUGCCACAGAGUUGCUCCGUGUUUCCACAAACUGCUUUUCUCUCUCCGGUCUUCGUUCAUGCCUUUUUUUGGUUUUCUGCUCUGCGAUGAUGAAAAGUUGAUCGCCUUUUGAAUAUUUUGCUGGUGCGAUUCCUGAAUUUUGCGAUAAAGUUGAACAAUCCGUUUAGUCUAGUAAUUUGGAGUGGUUUUACGCGGGUAAUGAUCGUCUGAAGCGCGGCGAUGGAGAGUAAUCGACUCGUUGGGUCAGAGAUUCAUGGCUUCCACACCAUGGAAGAUUUGGAUUUUGUCAAUAUGAUGGAGGAAGCCAAGGCAAGAUGGCUCAGACCGAAUGAGAUUCAUGCUAUACUCUAUAACCACAAGUGUUUCACUGUUCAUGUCAAACCCAUGAAUUUGCCAAAAAGUGGCGCAAUUUUGUUGUUUGACCGCAAGAUGCUCCGCAAUUUUAGGAAAGAUGGCCAUAACUGGAAGAAGAAAAAAGACGGAAAAACUGUAAAAGAAGCUCAUGAACACUUGAAGGUUGGCAAUUCGGAAAGAAUUCAUGUAUAUUACGCACAUGGAGAACACAGCCCAACGUUUGUUCGCAGAUGCUACUGGCUACUUGACAAGUCUUUGGAACAUAUUGUCCUUGUGCAUUAUCGUGAAACUCAAGAGUUGCAGGGUUCCCCAACCACACCUGGAAAUUCAAAUUCUAGUUCAGUUGCCUCUGACCCAUCUGCUUCCUGGCCUCUAUUGGAAAAAUCUGAUUCCACGGUUGAUCGGGUGUAUGAAGGGGAUAAGAGAUCACUUUUAGAGCGUGACAACAGCACAACCGUAGAAAAUCAUGAGCAGAGACUUCAUGAGAUAAAUACACUUGAAUGGGAUGAGCUUUUGGUGCCAGAGCAACAAGAAAAUGCUGCAAGCUCUGAGUUGACGAAUCUAUAUUUGACGUGCAGUUUCAAAACUAUGGAUGACGCCUUAUCAACUAACAAAGCAUCCCCAGAAAGUUCUGGUGAUAGUUUUUCUGGACAUGUCUCUGGGAGUACUUCCAUUGACUAUAAUGUUGCGAGAAAUAUACCCUACCAGACAGCUGCACACGAGACAAUCAUGAAUUUACAAAGUUUUAAUUCUGGGCUGGGGCCACUAGGUGGACGUAAUUCCAUAGAGAAUCCAGCCAAAGACCAUUUCAAAAAGCUUGACAGUUUUGAAAAGUGGAUGACAGAUAUCAUUGCUGAUUCUCCUGGAUCAGUAGAUAAUCAAACUCUGGAAUCUUCAUUUUCAACUGAGCAUCAAUCUUUCAAAUCUUCGACGAUGGAUAAUCAUCUGUUAUCUGCGGUGGACCAGAUAUUCAGCAUAACUGAUGUCUCACCUUCAUGGGCUCUUUCAACUGAAGAAACAAAGAUUUUGGUGGUUGGUUUUUUCAAUGGGCAACUACCCGACACAGACUUCCAUUUAUAUCUUGCAUGUGGAGAUUCUGUUGUUCCUGUUGAAGUUGUCCAAGCUGGAGUAUUUCGUAUGGUAAUUCCAGCUCAGACACCUGGAUUAGUGAAUCUCUACCUUACUUUUGAUGGUCAUAAACCCAUCAGCCAAGUCUGGCCUUUUGAGUUCCGAGCUCCUGUAGUACCUCAUAAGACAAUAUCUUCGGAUGAUAAACCUAAUUGGGAAGAAUUUCAACUUCAGAUGAGGCUUGCUCAUCUGUUGUUUUCAUCCGAUAGCCUGAAUAUAUUCUCCAAUAAAGUAUCCCAAAACGCCCUAAAGGAAGCCAAAAUUUUUGCUCAGAGAACAGCACACAUACCCAACGGUUGGGUUCAUUUGACCAAAUUGAUUCAAGAUGCCAAAGUGCCUUUUCCUCAGGCCAAAGAUAGCUUGUUUGAGUUGACUUUGCAGAAUAGACUACAAGAAUGGUUGUUGGAGAAAGUAGUAUCGGGGUGCAAAAUUCCCGAACGCGAUGAACAAGGCCAAGGUGUGAUUCAUUUGUGUGCGAUCUUAGGUUAUACUUGGGCGGUUCUCCCAUUUUCAUUGUCUGGCUUAUCAAUGGAUUAUCGAGAUAAAUCCGGGUGGACAGCUCUUCAUUGGGCUGCUUAUCAAGGAAGGGAGAAAAUGGUAGCUGCUCUUCUAUCUGCUGGGGCAAAGCCAAAUUUAGUUACAGAUCCAACUUCAGCACACCCCGGUGGAUGCACUGCUGCUGAUGUGGCUUCGAAAAACGGGUUCGAUGGUUUGGCAGCUUAUCUUGCUGAAAAGGCAUUAGUUGCGCAAUUCAACGAUAUGACAUUGGCUGGAAAUGUAAGUGGGUCCCUCCAAAUUACCUCGAACGAGACCAUGGAUCCUGGAAAUUUCACGGAGGACGAAUUGUAUCUGAAGGAUACACUAGCGGCAUACAGAACUGCUGCUGAUGCAGCUGCGCGUAUUCACUCUGCAUUCAGGGAGCAUUCGCUCAGUGUCCGUACAAGAGCAGUUGAGGCAUCUAAUCCUGAGAUGGAAGCACGAAAUAUAGUUGCAGCGAUGAAAAUCCAGCAUGCUUUUCGGAAUUACGAAACACGUAAACAGAUGGCAGCUGCUGCUAGAAUCCAGUACAGGUUCCGUACUUGGAAGAUGCGAAGGAAUUUCAUUAACAUGCGCCGUCACGCUAUCAAAAUUCAGGCCGUUUUCAGGGGAUUCCAAGUCCGAAAGCACUAUUGCAAGAUUUUGUGGUCAGUCGGGGUUGUUGAAAAGGCGAUUCUGCGGUGGCGUAAGAAGAGAAAAGGCUUCCGCGGGCUUCAAGUUCAAAAAUCCGACGAGCAAGAUACUCCCACUCCCAAAGAUCCCAAUGUUGAAGAGGACUUCUUCCUAGCCAGCAGAAAACAAGCUGAGGAUCGUGUUGAGAGAUCUGUGAUAAGGGUCCAGGCAAUGUUUAGAUCAAAGCAAGCCCAAGAAGAUUAUAGGAGGAUGAAAUUGGAACAUAAUAAAGCCACGCUGGAAUACGAAGAACUACUUCAUCCUGAUGUAAACAUGGGAUGAAGAAAGGUCUGAUCUUACCUCCGAUUGCUUUGGCACGAGCACAGUGGACUCGUUAGGAGUUAAUUGUUCAAGUGCAUGUUUUUGGUGUUGCUGAAUAACGCGUGUACAUAUAACUGAUGUAGAUUUUGAGGUUAAUGCAGGUCCUGUUUCGAACACCACCCUCUACACUGAGCCUCAAAACAAACCAGGGUUUUGACUUUCAUGUUUUUGUUGUUUCGGAUAUUGCUUCGUUUUAAACCGCUGCAGUGGAAACAAACAGAUUUGGCUAAAUUGGACAAUGGUUUCAUGCAAA